CUGUGCUGCGAGCGUGCGGGUCGCUCCGGGGGUUCCGCGGGCCUGUAGGAUUUUGAAUUUCUGGCGGGGAAGCUCCGAGUUAAAGCUCCCCGGGUGGGAACUGAAGUGACGCCCUGAGGGAGCUGCCGGUCCGGGCGCUUGUGCCGCGGCACCCCGGGGCUGAGCGCGCACGUGGGAGCGCCGCCGAGGGAGUGCCCGGCGGAGUCGCCGCCAGCCGGGCCCGGAGCGCGCGUGUGCCCCGCGAUGCUGCGGCGCCCGGACUGCACCCGAGUCGCCCGCCGCCCGCUCCGGCUCGCCUCGCCUCGGUUCCGGGAAGGGCAGCGUCGCUGCCGCUGAGCCUCCGAGGGCAUGCCGGCGGGCCUCACGGAGCCGGCCGGCGCCGCUGCUCCGGUAGUGUCGAGCACCUCGGGGGCCGUGACCAUGGCUCCGGUCGCCGCGCUGCCCGUGCGGGUGGAGAGCACCCCGCUGGCCCUGGGCCCUGUGACUAAGGCUCCCGUCAGUGUCUGCGUGGAGUCUGUGGCGCCCCAGCCCUUGCCAGCCCCAGUGGGAGCCCUAGUGACCAAAGUGGUGCCUGUCACUGCCCUUCCUAAACUCGGCAGUCCGAGGCUGCCCGCUCCUCAGAUAGUCACCGUGAAAACUCCCGGCACCACGACCAUCCAACUACCGGCUAAUUUGCAGCUUCCUCCAGGAACAGUUUUGAUCAAAAGUAACAGUGGUCAGUUGAUGCUGGUAUCUCCUCAGCAAGCUGUAACAGGAGCCAAGACCACAAGUAACAUAACUCCAAGACCAGCAGUACCAGCAAACCCUCCAACAGUCAAGAUCUGUACAGUGCCGAAUUCUGGCUCACAAUUAAUGAAAAAAGUAGCAGUGGCUCCUGUUAAAAAUUUGACACAGAUAGGAACUACUGUGGCAACCACUGCCUCCAGUACUUCCUCAGGACAACCUGUGGCUGUACCAAGCAGUGUUGUCACAGUUACUCCUGCAAAGCCAGUGAAUGCUGCAUCCAUCCUGAAGUCAUCAAGUUUGGGAGUGUUACCUACCCCCUCGAAUGACCCAGGUCUUAGAGCCGAGACUUCAGUGGCUGCUCAGACAGGUCUUCCUCCGACAGUGCUAGAAAAUGUGAAAAAAUGUAAAAACUUCCUUUCAAUGUUAAUAAAGCUAGCAUGUAGUGGAUCACAGUCUCCAGAAAUGGGAAAGAAUGUGAAGAAGCUGGUGGAACAACUUCUGGAUGCAGAAAUUGAAGCAGAAGAGUUUACUAGGAAGCUGUAUAUUGAGCUCAGGUCUGCACCUCAGCCGCACCUGGUCCCUUUUCUUAAGAAGAGUGUGGUUGCCUUAAGACAGCUCCUUCCAAACUCGCAGAGCUUCAUUGAGAACUGUGUUCAGGAAGUUUCUGGUGAUGUGGUCAUUUCCUCCUGUACCAUGACAACAGCGACUUCUCCUGUGGUGACAAGUACAGUUUCCCCAGUCCUUGUCUCUGGAGCAACAGCACCCAGAACUCUGUCUGUUCAACAGACUCUGAAUCCACUUGCUGGUCCAGGAGGAGCAAGCACUGGAGUCGUGACAUUGCAUUCUGUGGCCCCAGCUGCUGCAACAGGAGGUACAACAGCUACAACUGUUUUGCUGCAGACUUCAAAACCACUUACAACAUCGGUACCAAAUACAGUGGCAGCAGUGUCCCUUCAGACUGAAAAUCCAGUUGUGUCUGGGGCAACAGUAACACUGGCUGUUCCAUCAGCAACUUUUGGAGAAGCAUCCUCUACACCUCUUUGUCUUCCAUCUGUGAAGCCUGCCAUUACCUCUGCUGGGACCAAAGCCGAUAAACCUGCCAUUGGCACUCCAGUCCAGAUCAUUGCACAGCCGAGCCCCCUCCUUCCACAGUCAGCUGGCAUUCCACAGGCAGCCAAAGUCAAGCAACUAGUCGUCCAGCAGCCUUCAGCAAACAACGUGAAUCAGGUGACCUCUAUUUCCUAUUCCUCGCCAUUGAGCACUCAGACCUGUGGGCAGAAGACACCAGUGCAUGUGGUAAUGCCUACUACUUCCAUCAUAAAGCAAAUUACUCUUCCUGGAAAUAAACUUUUGUCGCUUCAAGCUCAAACAUCUAUUCAGAACAAUAAAAUAAAAGAGAAUGGACCAACAUGCUUCAGAGGUGAAGAUGAUAUCAAUGAUGUGACUUGUAUGGCAGAGGUCAAUCUUGAUGAAGAAAAUGCCUGCAUCUUAGCAACACAUUCUGCCUUUGUUGGCACACUCAUUCAGUCAUGUAAAGACGAACCAUUCCUUGUCAUUGGAGCACUACAAAAGAGAAUUUUAGACAUUGGUAAAAAGCAUGACAUUACAGAACUUAACUCUGAUGCUGUGAACUUGAUCUCCCAUGCAACACAGGAGCGAUUACGAGGCCUUCUAGAGAAACUAACUACAAUUGCUCAGCAUCGAAUGACUAUUUACAAGGGAAGUGAAAAUUACAUAUUGUCUACUGAUACCAGAUCACAGCUCAAAUUUCUUGAAAAGCUUGACCAAUUGGAGAAACAGAGGAAGGAUUUAGAAGAAAGAGAGAUGUUACUAAAGGCAGCCAAGAGCCGCUCCAAUAAAGAAGAUCCAGAGCAGCUGAGAUUAAAACAGAAAGCCAAAGAGUUGCAACAGUUGGAGCUCGCCCAGAUCCAAUAUAGAGAUGCUAAUCUCACAGCUCUUGCAGCUAUUGGACCACGGAAGAAGAGAUCACUAGAAGCAGGAAAUGAGAGCUUCAAAGACAACCCUUGUGCUUCUGGGACUUCCACCCUAACAGCCACCAAAUCAUUGCUUCGUCCAAGAAUCACCAGAAUCUGCCUCAGGGACUUGAUAUUCUGUAUGGAACAGGAAAGAGACAUGAAGUAUUCUCGAGCCCUAUACCUUGCCCUUCUUAAGUGAAUACUCCAUGCAUCCAGACGCACACUGUUUACUGCCAAAGAAGACACUGAGAGCACUGUUGCACUGUUCUGAAGUCUACUCUGGAAGUGUCACCAGUAUGAAAGACCACUGUUUACACUGACAAGCUUUUACUACAUCUUGUCUGUAUGUCCUGUGGAUUCUCGCAGAUGAGAAUUCUGAUGCUUUCUGAAAGUUAGUACUGUGCAUACUUGAUAUAGAAGUAUCACCUACCAACCUGCAUUUAAUUACAAUAAGUAGCGACUCUCUUUUACCACCUUCAUUUGUCUUGUUGUUGUUUCCACUCAGUAGCAAUGAGGUGCCUUCCUCUGAUACAGGCUGCGUCUAGAUGUAGGAUAAAGAACAAGUUAGAAUGUAUCCUGUACUGAACCCGUCUCCUAGUGUUAGAUUUUAUGGUCUGCAGUUAGAGGCUACUUAGCUAAUGGCGACAGUUACUUUCUGUAGUUGAAGUGUGACAAGCUACAGAGUAGAGGCAGAGUCAACUUGGCUUAGUCGAUACACAGCUGAUGUAAGGUUGCUGCUCUGGCUUCCUACACUACAGUGCUGAUACCUAGUGAGGGCCAUUCUUUUCAGCCAAGUUUUAAAACUAAAAUUGCUACUGAUAUACCUCACUGGAAUGUGGAAAAGGUAGAGUGUACUGGAAAAAAUGAGGCCUUGCAUUCAAAUUGACAAAGGAUGAGAAUGGCAUCUUGAAAUAACUGUGUCCACCAUGUGUCCAAGGAGAGAUGGCUACUCUGGGAAUGCCAAAAGCUGGUCCUUGUUUUAGUAAUGAAAAAAAGAAAAAAUCAUAGGUCAACCAAAGAAGAAAACCUGGCAAAUAUUUACAGUAUUUCAAAAGGAUGAUUUGUUUUUAUAUUAUUUUAAUUCCCAAGAAGUAGUUCUUUCUUUUAUAAUCUCCCAGUUACCCUAUGUUUUAAGUAUCUAGUGCUUUUCAGAUUACAAACUGCUGGUAAAAACAGUAGGAUUCCCUUUGAAUUGUGUACUUAAGAGGUGCUGUCAGUGUCUUGCUCUUAGGGGGUGAUUCUAAAUGUGAGCAACACAUGUACCUCUCUCUGAGGAAGAAGCUGAUAUUCAAAGUACUUCCUCUCUCCCUUGUAAAUCUACUUGUGUAAAAAUAAUGGUGAAAUUGAAAUCACAUACCAAAAGAAUGCUAAACUCUCCUGGGGAAACAUUUCUAGUAUGUCACUCUCUGUCCUGUUCUUCCCAUAGGGACUGUAAUGGCCACAUUAUACUGUUGGAAGAGUUUAAUUGGCCACAAUUUUUGUUUUAGCAAGUUAUGUAAAAUGUCGUAAAUUAUGUAUAUGCUUUAAAAAGUACCUUACUAAGAGUUCUAUAUCCAAAGUUGUAUAUUUAAAUGCUUAGCUUUAUUUUUUGUAAAGUGCAGCAUACUCCCACAUUUGUGUAAUCUUAUCAGAUGUUUAAAAUUAUUUCAAAUACACCAUUAAAAUAAUUAUUUUAUGAUUAAAAACAAACAAAACUUUGCUCAGUCGCUAUCUUUGCAACAGUUUCUAUUAGCAGCCACUCCCUGGAGGACGCAGAUCUGUCUGCCAGUGAGUCUCUUAUUUAUUUGCAUUUGGGAUCUGUGGACAUUUGGGUUCUGGAAUUGCACUUAGACCUAAGUUUCUAUAUCACUUCCUUUGAAAUAGUUGUAAUUUUGCCCACUAUUUGACUCAAAAAGAAAGCUAAACAUAGUCAUUAUGAAAGA